AUGGAGCAACCACCUUCGUCGAUGCCUCCUCAAAAUGACACUAAGAAGAAGGGGAUACUUUCCUUUUUUCAGAACACCACCACUAUAAAGAGCAGCCUUGGUGUAAGCAAGUCUGCGAGGAAUGAGACCAAUGUCAUUACUUUGGAUGACCCUAAUGAGGCUGCUGUUGAAGAGAGGAGAAAUGCUUUGAGCACUACUAAGGAAUCCGCAAACGAAACGAACGCUGUGUCUGAGACGGCUAAUUCAGAAAGUCAACAUACAGACGACAAAAUCGUGCCCACAAAGAUGUCAGAAUCWACUAUGGGAAGCACAGAGCAAUUACAAUCCGACGAGACUGCAUCAGUUGCAAAAAGCAAAAGCUCUUCGCCAUCCUCCAGAAAAGAACUGUCCACAAUAAGAAAAGAGCAAAUCAGAAAGGAAAAGGAACUAAAGAGGCAACAACGUGAACAGGAAAAGCACAGAAAAGAAUCAUUACGUCUAGAAGAGAAGCGCAAAAAAGAACUCAAGGCAGAAGAGGAGAAACAGAAGCGUGCUGAAUUGAAGAAGCAGAAAGAAGAAGAAAAACGCAAGAAGGAGGAAGCCAGAUUGGAGGCUAAAAAAAAAAGAGAAAUGGAUAAAUUGAAAAGAGAGGAGGACAUUCGGUCAAAGGAAAAGGCCAAAGAAAGAGCACAAUCCCGUAUUGGUAAUUUCUUUAAAAAGGUAAGCGAUUCAAACAUACCCGUGGUGGAAAAAUCAGAUUAUGAGAAAUUUUUCCUGCCAUUUUACGCUAAAGAUGGAGUCAAAACUUGCGAUAAGUGGAAAUUAACAAAAUUACAGCUGGAAAAUAGUAAAAGAAAGAUAGAUGACGCACUAUUGAAUAGCAAUACUGCCAACGACGACGAACUUUUAAGUUGGCUAAAGUCCAAAAAGGUGGCCAGAGGUCAUAAGAUCAAAUGCAGGGCCGUUGAGGUUCUACAACAAAUGACACUGAAAGAAAAGACUGAUGACGAGCUUCAUGCUCUACUUGCACAAGUCCCACACAAAUACAUAAAAUUCUACGAAAAUGUGAGGCCCCCAUUCAUUGGAACAUACUCUGUGGAUUUCACUUUGCCAGCAAAUAAUCCUUUUUCCACGGACGGUACAGGAUUCAAUUACGAUUACGAUUCUGAUGUGGAAUGGGCUAACGAAGACGAAGAAGGUGAAGUUGACAAUCUGGAGAGCGGCGAAGAAGAAGAGGAGGAAGAUGACGAGGAUAUGCCCAGUGAGGGAGAAUUCGACGGGUUUCUAGACACGGAGGAAAAUGGCGACGUGGAUGGUCUAUCCGGCGCCAAGAGAAAAUUCGUAGGCCCACUCAUACCAACAAUUUGUUUAAAAUCCGACUUUGAAAACAUGUCGGAUGAAAAUAAGCGAUAUUUUCAAUCACUCAAAGCGGAAGUUCUCAUAGAAACAACCGUACCAAUAGAUCCUUUCAAAGACCCCAGGCCACCACCCUUGCCGUCCAAACGAAGCAAUCCCGAGCUACAAACACCGAACUCUAGUCAAUCUCAAAGUCCCGAGAAGAAACAGAAAACAAUAAUCACAAACUCGAAGGACUUGCUUCGACUUUUUGAUGGCAUUCAAGAUAGCACGUUCUCGCUAGGUACAGUAACCGAAAUAGCACAAAAGAACUUGCCACAGUACAAUAAACAAACGAUCAAGAACACGAUUAAGGAAUACGCCAUAAGGGGCUCAGGGAAGGGUGAUUUGCCCCGAAAAUGGGAGAUCAAAGACGUGGCAAACUGGGAAAAUCUCCGAGCAAAUGAGACUACACCAAAUCCAUCUACAUGCCUCGACCAAAUUACCAGUAUAUAG